CGAAGUUCUUGUUACUUUUUCCCUAGGGCUUCUGUGCCUUUCGCUUGCAUCGAAAUCUAACCUUUCAACCAAGAAGCAUGAACCUUUGUGCUUCGUUAUCAUCAUCUAGUUUCCCCAACUUGAAUCGAUGCUUCCGCUUUUCAAAGCCUUUAGUUUCAUUCCCCGCUUCUUGUUGUGUAAUGUCUCUGUUUUGUAAUAAGAAUUCUUCGGCCAUCGUGGCUUCAAAUUCAAUAACCACAGGUACAAUGAGCUCGGAGGCCGUGAAGCCCAAGAAUAAGGAACCAUGGCUAAUCCUUGGCCUUGGAAAUCCUGGCAAGAAGUACGCUGGUACUCGCCACAAUGUGGGUUUUGAUAUGGUUGAUGCUAUAGCGGAAGCUGAAGGGAUACCUAUGAGCAGCGUUUCCUUUAAAGCCCUGUUUGGAAAAGGUGUUAUAGGUGAUGUGCCAGUUAUACUUGCAAAACCUCAGACUUUCAUGAAUUCGAGUGGUGAAUCAGUUGGGGCUAUAGUUUCAUAUUACAAGAUUCCAUUGAAGCAAGUACUUGUGAUCUUUGAUGACCUAGAUUUGCCUUUUGCAAAAUUGCGGCUGUUGCCAAAGGGGGGGCAUGGAGGUCACAAUGGAAUGAAGAGUGUUAUAAGCCACUUGAAAGGGAGUUCUGAUUUCCCUCGAUUAAGAAUUGGCAUUGGACGGCCUCCUGGGAAAAUGGAUUCUGUAGCAUUUGUUCUUCGCUCCUUCACUAAACAAGAAAGAGAAGAGUUGAAUUUUACAUUUCACAAAGGAGUGGAAGCAGUACGGAUUCUUUUGCUCGAGGGCUUUAAUAAGAGUGCAACAUUCGUCAAUACUGCCAAGAAAAUAGAGCAAGUAGGUUGAGUGAAUGCUGAAUCUGAAGAUCCUUUUGGCAUUUAAGAACAAACAAGAUGAUGACAUUUCAGGGACAUAUAGUGCCAGGACAAAUUCAAUAUUUUUUUAUUCACAAGUUUCCUACAGCUAAUCAUUAUGAUUCAUUUUAAUUGAGAAAGGUAUAGCCUUAGCAAAUUUUUUUGGCAUGAAAAACAUUCCAAAAAAUAUAUUGUAACAUUAACCUUGUCACUUCAUGAUCUUGAAGAUCAGAAAGAAGAGCAGCCUUAAUGUAUGUUAUAAUAAUAUGGUGUUUCUUACAGCUCUA